AUGGGAAAAGACGCAAAAGAGAUGGUGGUCGCCGGUUUCCGUCGUUCACUCUCAUUCUCCACCUCAAGUCCCAGACGUCCACCACCCCAAGAGAAAUCCCACCACAUCAGAUCCAUCAGUCUCCCAUGCAAUUCUCAUCCUUUGAUCUCCCAGCUAAAGGACAAGAUCAAUGUACUACGGAGCUGGGAGUCAGAGGCUAUCACCACCCGACCCUCAUCGGCCUCGCUCUGCGCCGUCUUGAACCACCUCAAGAACCUCCACGAUUGUCUCGACGAUCUCCUAGACCUUCCCCAGACGCAAGACUCCCUCCGCCGUCGAUCCGACUGGGUCGAGAAGCUUCUAGAAGACUUUCUUCGCUUCGUCGACGUUUACGGUAUCUUCCAAGCAUCACUCGUGGCUCUCAAGGAAGAACAAUUGACCGUACAGGUGGCCAUUAGGAGGAGAGACGAAUCCAAGAUGUCUUCCUACGUAAAGGCUCUUAAGAAGAUGGACAAGGAGAUGAGGAAGCUCACGUCCACCGUCCGAUGCAUCGGCAAAAGCUCGUCUUCAGCUUUGACGUUCGUGUCGAAUGGUGAUGCUGAGUUGGCAGCGAUUCUUAGGGACGUUAACGAGGUCACGGUGAUGGUUUCGGUUGCUCUCUUUCAUGGAAUGUCAUCUUCAUCUUCGUCGGCUAAGUCAUGGAUGGUGGGGUGGAGAUUAUCGAAGAGAUAUCAGAAAAUGAAGGAAGAGAAAGGAAUCCGGGAGUUCGAAGAAGCUGGAGUGCAAAGCUUGAGCUGUUUGAGAAAAAAAGGAAAUGAUGAGAUGAGGAUGGCAUUGGGGAAAUUACAAACGUUGGAGGAUUGUAUUGGAAGGAUCGAGAGUGGGAGCGAGAGAGUGUUUAGGAGUUUGAUUAACACUAGAGUUUCAUUGCUCAACAUUCUCACUCAAUAA